AUGACGAUCCCAGGCCUUUGGGAAAAGUUUAUUGAGUAUGGAAUUGAGGAUCAACGUCUUCCCAUGAGGAUAUACGCCCGGCAAUUUUACAAGAAGAAUGCCAGACAUCUACGAGUGGGAAUUGAUGUUUAUCAAUGGAUCUUUGAACUUACCCAGGUACCUUCGCAAUAUAAGGGAGAUGUAGCCAGCAUUGGUGACGAGAAGGUGAUUUUGAAUUUCUGCUCCCGUAUCAGGGAGCUCAUAAAGCUGCAUAUCUCCUUUGUUUUUGUUUUCGAUGGCCGUUAUAAGACACAUAAAAGAAGAUGGGGAGAAGUUAUUUAUACUGACGAUGACUAUUAUGCCGAAUACAUUGAAACGAACGAACAGAUCCGGCAAAGUGGCUUAUAUGAGGAGCCAGGGGCAAAAAUUGUCUAUUUGAUUAAGAAACUGCUACAGCUGUGGAAUAUCGGCUAUGUUCAGGCUCCGGGGGAAGCUGAAAUUGAACUAGCUCGAUUAAAUGACUGCGGCGUGAUCGAUGCGAUUAUUAGCAAUGAUGCGGACGGGUUUGUGUAUGGGGCACAGACAAUUCUUAAAAAUUUCAGCCGUUGGGUUGCAGAUGCUCCAGCUACGCAGGCAAAUCUAGAACGACAAGAACCAGAGUUCUAUGUGACCCCGUAUCGAAUGUCAAAAAUUGAAGAGAUACUAGGGCUUGACAGGGACCGAAUGGUGUUUCUAACAUGCAUAAAUGGCAGCGAUUUCAGCCAAGGAGUCAGCGGAUUGGGAAUAACACGUUGUAUUGCGUUGGCCCAACUAGGAAGCAAGAUAGAGAGCGAAAUCGAUUUUGCUAAAGAACUAAAGAAGAUCUACGUUGCGGAGGGAAGACAAAGUGUGUUGGGUCUGGUGCCUUUUAGCAAGAACGAGAGAGAGAAAAAGCUAAGCAACUUGAAUGCUUUGCUUCAGGAAUCGCUCACACAGAACAGCAAAUCAUAUUUUGGAAGGAAAUUCAAUGGGACGGUAACUUUUCCUUCAGACUAUUACUUCAUGAUCCAUUUUUAUCCCUACUUUUGUCCUGAAAUCUAUUCGUUCAGGAAAUUCGAGACCAAUUGCGUUGACUCACACCCAUCAUUGCUAAGACUGUCCACACUUCCCCAACCAAACUCUCUGAAAAUAUACGAUGAUAAAAUCAAAGUUAAACGUCGUGGCUCACUUUGGACCACCAUUUACCAUGACCAUCCAUCAGAAGAUGUAAUUCACGGUGAUGAGAGCACCAUUGCAUGGUUUGAAAAGCCGAAUUUCCGCGAAAUGUGCAAUCUCCGGCUUCCUCUGCAACGCAGCACAAGAGAGUUUUUGGUGGAGCAUUUAGCUGAAUGCUAUAUGCUCCGGGUGAUCCACAACUUGGAUUAUUUCAAGAAUACCGAGAUCUUUGUCAAUAUGUACAAGGAAGCCCAGUUUCCUUUGAAGAGACGCGCCGAUGAAUACUACGUUCCUAUUUGGUCAGAGGAGCAAUACCAGGUGAAAUACAACCGGGAAUUAGUGUUUGGACGAUUUCUAAAAGAACGAGAGCUGUAUGACGAAAACUACCAUCUCAUAGACCACUCUGAACAAAAAUUGGAUUCGGCAUGGGUUCCGAAAUAUUUGCUCGAGCUGUCACCUGACGGCCAGAAAUUGAUCGAAGAGUACGAAAUCAAAGCUGCCCAGAAAAAGUCGCCACGCAAGUCGCCGCGUAAAUCUCCCAAGAAAUCCCCGAAACGGCAGUUGUCAACUUUUGAUAAUCUUUUACGAUCGCCCAUAAAACGCAAGCUCGAUCCAGAAAAAGAGAGAAGUCGGAGCUCUUCUCCGCUCAAAAACAAGCCCAAUCUCUCUUGCGAGUCUCCUGAUGAGGGGUUGGAUAUCCUAGAGUCUCCAACCAAGAGACGAAGUCGACUCGAUGUUGACGUAGGCGGGCUCCGAACGUCUCUAUUCAGGAGUCCUGAUGCCAAACAGAACGCUCCCACGAUCGAUUUAACAACUCCACCCAAAGAAAUCAAAGAAAACAACUGCAAGCAUCCUCAAGAUACUUCAAUUCUCUCCCUUGGCACAUCAGAUGACGAAACAGACAAACUAGAAAAAGAUAUUGAAACGUUUUUCAACAAAUAACGGUUUUUCUUUACCCCGGAAUAAAGCCCACUUUUUGUUUUGACAUAUGGGAACAAAAAUGGAUUGUUAUUAAAGUCGUGCAAUACAAGAAAAAAAUAGAACCAGAAAUUGCUUGACAACUUAACUAAUCUCACUCAAGUCAUUCAAACCUAAUCGGCGAAUUACUCUAUCUUCGAUCUCGAUUCGAACUCAAUGUCACAGACGAAUUAUUACCAACAACAACCCCAGCAUGGCUUCAACGUACCACCGCCUCAGUAUAGUCAGCAGGGCAAUUACUUAUCCGCCAACGAGAAGCUGAACCAGAACUACUACUAUGAUCGCCCCCCAGCUCCUGAACCUGGUAAGGAAACCUUUGAUGAAACAUUCAAAGUCGAGAAACCGAAGUUCCACGAUGUUCCAUUCACAAUUCUGUUUCUGGCUACAGUUGCUGGAUUUUUUGUUGUUGCGGGCAUCACCCUGAGACAUUACGCCACCUCGUAUUCGUAUGAAGGUUCCUCGAUUUAUAAUGCUGGCAAUUCCUUCUCAUUGAACACCAACACGAUAGUCUUAUUUGCGUUUGUUAUUGUUGUUGCCUUGGUUCUUUCCUUGUCAACCAUUGCCGUUGCUCGGAUGUUCCCGAGGAAGUUCAUUACCAUUUCGCUGAUAUUGAAUGUCAUUCUUGGCUUGGGAACGGCAAUUGCCUACCUCGCAAAGGGCUACUACUCGGCAGGUAUUGUUUUUCUUAUCUUUGCCGUACUCACAGCAUUUUCUUACUGGACCAUGAGAGGCAGAAUUCCGUUUAGCGCGACUGUUCUCACGAUUGUUAUCGAUGUUAUGAAACAGUACCCUAGUACGUGGAUCAUUACUGCAAUUGGUUUUUUCGCAAUCGGAGCCUUUUCGGCGUUAUUCUCUGUCACUGUGGUCGCCUCGUACAUGAAAUGGGGUGACCAAACCUCCGAAGGCUACAACCAUGCCAGGUUGGUUGGACUGCUGGUGUUUGUCUUUUUUGCGGGAUACUACAUCAGUGAAGUGAUGAAGAAUGUUAUACAUGUCACAGUGAGUGGAAUCUAUGGUACCUGGUACUAUCUUUCCAAGUCCAACGCCGGAAUGCCAAAAUUUCAGGCCCUGGGUGCUCUGAAAAGGGCUCUCACUUAUUCGUUUGGAUCCAUUUGUUUUGGUUCGCUGAUUGUCACAUUUAUCCAGCUAUUGCGUCAAGGAGUUCAAAUUGCCCGGCAGAAUGCUCUGAACAAUGGGGAGGGAGUUCAAGCUUGCUUGUUGCUUUGCGCUGAGUGCUUCAUUUACGUCAUCGAGUGGUUUGUGAGAUACUUCAAUCACUAUGCGUACUCAUAUGUGGCCCUCUACGGCAAGAGCUAUCUGAAGUCUGCAAGGGACACCCAUUACAUUUUUAGCUAUAAGGGCAUGGAUGCUCUGGUCAAUGAUUGCCUGAUCGGAACAGCUUUGGGAAUGUACUGCACUUUUGUUGGAUACGUGUCUGCCUUGCUCGCGUAUCUGUACUUGCGGUUCACCAAACCAGGCUACAACACCGAAGGUUCAUACUACGCUCCAGUGGUUGCAUUCACAUUUUUGAUUGCCUUGCAAAUAUGCAAUGUUAUUAGCUCUGUGAUUAGAUCAGGAACCGCAACAUUCUUCCUGGCUCUCGCCAAGGACCCGGAGGUCUAUCAGGCAAGUUAUCCCGAUAGGUUCAAUGAGGUGUUCAGAGACUAUCCUGAGGUGCUAGAAAAGAUCCGCACGCGCGACUAAUGAACAGGACACUAGCAACCUCAUGACUCGGAUUUAAGGAGCUGCAAUAUCGGCUCGGCCAACAUCGUUUUAGCUUUUGUAUUCGACAAUAAUUAGAAAAUAACCUAGAUCAUCGUCGUCGGCACAAGUAUGCAAGUUGUACCCGAUUUUUUGGGAUACGAAAAGCCGCAUUGGAGUUUUUUUCCAGGUCCAUAAAAAAAUAUCGGCUGUCGGCUAAGUUGAGUGAUUUAUUAUGCGGCUGUACGCAGGAAAACAAUAGGGAGCCAGCUAGGGACCUUGCACUUGAAGAAGCUUUUGGACUAUUUAAAUGGUCGAAAGUCCCUGGUAUGGGUAGAUAUUCGACAUGAGCACGGAUGGUAGAGAGUCGAUGGACAGUAACGUCCAGGAAUAUAAAGACGUCGAAUCGGGAGUGUACAGGGGAGAGGAACAUCUCAAUGACAAUAAUGAAUUGACGAGUACUGUAUCCAAAAUCAGUGGACUGGUUAGAAAGUUUACUCAUGGCGAAACUAAUGACGAGGAAGACGACCGCGAAAAGCUCGAGAGACUGAUCAGCAAUAAUUCGCAGGCCAUCUCGCGUCUCCUCUCAAAUUAUGAGGAAGGCUACGGAGGUUUAGGUCCAGUUGAACAGCCGAUUGAUCAUGAAAAAACUGCAACCGAGUUCACAGCCGAUCCAGGGACGGACUUCCACGAAAACGAUCCAUGGAAAUACCCUAUUUGUCAGGAGACGCAGAUGAGACUUGUUGUCUUCGUGGACGGUGACGAGAAAAAUCCUCAAAACUGGGGGACAGGUUACAAAUGGUUUUUGACUGUGCUUUUGGGUAGCAUAUGCUUCAACGUGGCAUUGGCAUCUGCUAUUGUCACGGGAUAUAUGAAGGGGCCGAUGAUUACUUUUGGAGUUUCCAUGGAGGUCGUUAUUCUCACCGUGACAUUAUUUGUCUUGGGCUUUGGUUUUGGCCCCUUGAUGUUUGCUCCCUUGUCGGAGGAAUUUGGGAGAAACGCGAUUUACUUCUCAACAUUACUUGUUGCAGUGAUUUUCAUCAUUCCAUGUGCCCUGGCCAAAAAUAUUGGAACCCUGCUUGUGUGCAGACUAAUUGACGGUCUGGCCUUUUCGGCACCAAUGUGUUUGAUUGGAGGUAGUUUAGCAGACCUCUGGAAAAUCAAAGAAAGAGGUCUGGCCAUGACUAUCUUUUCUGCCGCUCCUUUCAUUGGUCCCGUCGUUGGUCCCUUGAUCGGGGGUUACAUAGGUGACAAUGCUGGUUGGAGAUGGCUCUACUGGGUGCUGCUAAUUUUCAGCGGCGCCAUGUACAUUCUGUUUGUUCUCUUGAUGCCCGAGACCUCGCACAGCGCCAUUCUGAAGGCUAGAGCUAAGAAGCUCAGAAAGAUCACCGGCGACGACAGAUACAGAGCUCUGGCUGAGCUCAAGGUCAGAACCCCCAAGCAGGUGGCAGAGGAGACUUUGCUGAGACCAUUGAUCCUUCUGUCAGAACUGAUUGUGUUCUUGAUCACCAUGUACAUGUCAGUCAUAUACGGCCUGCUUUACAUGUUCUUCUUCGCCUAUCCUGUGGUUUACAGCGAAGGUAAGGGAUGGUCCGAUUCCAAGACGGGCCUAAUGUUCAUUCCAAUUGCCGUUGGUGUUUUGGCCGCUGUUGCUGUCUCACCUAUGAUCAACAAAAAAUACAAUGAAAGGGCCGAAGCUUACCGAAACAAAGGCGAGAUUCCUCCUGCCGAGCUCCGACUAAUUCCCAUGAUGAUUGGUUGCUGGUUUGUUCCUGUUGGACUAUUCGCUUUUGCAUGGUCUUCGUAUCCUCGCAUCUCCUGGGCAGGCCCUUGCUUUUCGGGAUUCUCGUGCGGUCUGGGUUUCAAUCUUCUUUACAACCCGGCCAACAACUAUAUUGUGGACUCUUAUCAACACUAUGCAGCUUCUGCUUUGGCCGCAAAGACGUUCGUCAGAUCAAUAUGGGGAGCCUGUGUUCCUCUUUUCACUAUCCAAAUGUAUCACAGACUGGGCUACGAAUGGGCCACUACCUUGAUGGCCUUCAUUUCGCUAGCAUGCUGUGCUAUCCCAUUUGCAUUCUACAUCUACGGUGCCAGAAUCAGAAAAUGGAGCAGAUAUGCUUAUUCACCUACUAGUGACGCUGCCGUCAAGGACGACAACUCUGAAUCCACCUCAAACAAGAACUAGUCGCGAUAUUUUCUCGAUAGUCAUAAUAGCCAAUUGUACAAAGUCAGCGAUCAGGUCGCCGCUCGUGACCGUGUUUCAGCAAGGCGCUCGACCAGCACGAUGUGGAUGCUUUAUGGACUCUAACCAGUCAGAGUGGUGCGCUGGACGGCUACGAAAAAGUAGCCCAUCUGGUGCGGAGCUUCUCCGCUCCAUGUUGCUCUCGUGAUCGGUGCACGGCCGAAAACGCAUAGUUCGGCUGCAGAAAAACUUAUAUUGUCCGAUUACAAAACUCACCACAUACGUAACACUUUCCUUUUUCGACAUUGAACACGGGUUUGAUUUUUGCCAAGACUUGGGAAAAUUCAGGGUUCUUGCUAAAACUUGGCAAUUUUAUAGGAUGAUAGAGCCGAGACAUGCCAAC